AUAACAACUAUAUUCCUUAAUCUCUUAUUAGCAUUUACAGUAGCCCUAGUGGGGGUUUUCAUUUAUCGAGAACACUUAAUAUCAACCCUACUAUGUCUUGAAGGUAUAAUAUUGUCAAUUUUUAUUAUAGUGGCUCUCAUUCUUCUUCACCACCAUCUAAACUCAACUAUAAUACUCCCUCUUAUUUUACUAGUUUUCUCCGCAUGCGAAGCAGGCGUAGGCUUAGCACUUUUAGUUAAAACCUCUAACUCCUACGGAACAGACCAUAUUAAUAACCUCAAUCUACUACAAUGUUAA